AUGAGGGUCAUUUUAUCAGCUGGUUGUGUUGUGGUUGCCAUCUUAUGUGUUUUUCUUUUGAGUGGUUUGGUUGUGGCGGAUGAUGAUGCUAAGGUGGUUAAGGAUGAUAAGCACUUAUUUCCUCAUCCCCACCCACGUUUUUUUAAGGGAGGAGGUCUUGGGCAUGGGAUUUACAGGAAGGGGUUUAGGCAUGGAAGGUUUGGUGGAGGCAUUGGCGGUGGGGGUGGUCUUGGUGGAGGCAUUGGCGGUGGGGGUGGUCUUGGCGGAGGUGGAGGUCUAGGAGGUGGUGGUGGGCUUGGAGGUGGCGGAGGUGCAGGUGGUGGGUUAGGAGGUGGUGGUGGUCUAGGUGGGGGUGCAGGCGGUGGGUUAGGAGGUGGUGGUGGUCUAGGUGGAGGUGCAGGAGGUGGUGGUGGUGCUGGGGGUGGCUUAGGAGGAGGAGCUGGAGGUGGUUUAGGUGGAGGAGCUGGUGGGGGUUUAGGAGGAGGAGCUGGUGGGGGUUUAGGAGGAGGAGCUGGUGGAGGUUUAGGAGGAGGAGCUGGUGGUGGUGGACUUGGUGGCGGUGGUGGAGCUGGAGCAGGUGGUGGGUUUGGUGCUGGUGGCGGAGCCGGUGGAGGUGGUGGUCUUGGUGGAGGUGCUGGAGGAGGUGGUGGGCUUGGUGGUGGUGGUGGAGUGGGUGGUGGUGCAGGUGGAGGCUUUGGUGGAGGUGCAGGUGGUGGUGUUGGUGGGGGAGGAGGUCUUGGAGGAGGUGCUGGAGGUGGAGGUGGGUUCGGGGGUGGUGGUGGGGUAGGCAGUGGCGCUGGAGGAGGCUUUGGAGCUGGUGGAGGCUUUGGCAAAAGUGGAGGUGUUAGUGGUGGAUUAGGCGGUGGUGGAGGAGGCGGAUUUGGUGGAGGAGGUGGUUUUGGUGCUGGUAGUGGGGCUGGCUUUGGCGGUGGAGCUGGAAUCGGAGCUGGCGGUGGCCACUAA